AUGACGAUCAUCUCCACGUCGCGCGUCGUGACCGAGCGUCGACUUCCUACCCCCCCCUUAGAUGGGCAACAAGAAUCAAAGCCACAAAUAUAUCCGGCUCCAGACUUCCCGUUCAAGGGAUGGCAGCCUCCGCAGCCGGAGGGAUAUCGACAAAGCGCCGCGACCCCCACUGAAAGUGCUAUAGUUAUCGACAAUGGAGCCAGCACCGUCAAGGCAGGUUUCUCCUUUGACAAGAACCCUCGCUUCCUCGUUCCUCCGAUUGUGGCAAAGUUCAAAGACCGCAAAUACAAUAAGUACUGCGCAUUCGUGGGGUACGAUGCCUACGCCGAUGCUACAACACGUGGCCAGAUCAGAACUGCAUUUGAGCAACAUACUAGCAUUCCGACCAACUGGGAUAUUAUGGAAGGCAUUUAUGACUACAUUUUUCUCAAGCUUGGAGUCGACAAUGAAGGAAGUGUGGGAAGGCCUUUGGUAGUGACAGAGCCCGUGGCGAAUUUAGGCCACAGCCGGAGAAUGAUGAACGAGAUGUUAUUCGAAUGCUACAAUGCUCCGAGCGUGACGUACGGCAUCGACUGUCUAUUCUCCUAUCGACAAAACAAGGGUCAAUCUGGACUGAUUGUUUCUUCAUCUCACACAUCAACUCAUAUCAUUCCCGUUUUGGAUCGAAAGCCUCAGAUGCAAUCAUGUGCGAGACUGAAUUGGGGAGGGUCUCAAGCCCAGGAAUUUUUGUUGAAGCUCCUGCGCUUGAAAUACCCGACCUUUCCGGGGAAGAUGACAACAGAGCAGAUGGAAACCUACAUUAAACAAUACUGCUAUCUUUCCAGAGAUUAUGCCGCUGAAAUUUCCACCUAUCUCGACUGGUCCGGUCUCGAAGAGGAGCGUGACAUCAUCAUACAAUACCCGUUCACCGAACAAGUCGUGGUUGAGAAAUCCGCCGAAGAGCUUGCCAGGAUAGCAGAACGAAAAAAGGAGUCUGGCCGUCGGCUUCAAGAACAGGCUGCAAAGAUGCGUCUGGAGAAGCUGAUCAGAAAGGAGCAGGAAUUGGAGUAUUACCAAAACUUGCACAAUUCAUACGUGAACGCUACCACGAAAAAGGAACAGCGACGAAUUUUAGACGACGAAGAGCUCAAGGACGAAGCUGCGUUAGAGCGGAUCAUCAGAGACCUUGAUAGAUCGAUUCGGAAGUCGAGGAACAAAGAAUUGGGCGCUCCGGAAGAGGAGGAAAAGCUGGAAGAACAGCUGAACAAAUUUCCACUUCUUGACGUCCCGGAUGAUCAAUUAGAUGAGGACGGAAUCAAGGAAAAACGGCAUCAAAGACUCAUGAAGUCGGGAGUUGAAGCCAGGAUCAGAGCCAAGGCUGAGAAAGAGCGCGAGAGAGCACGAGCGGCAGAAGAGGAGCGAAAGGAUCUGGAAAUGCGGGAGAAUCGAUUUGAUGAAUGGCUUGCAGGUCGUCGGGAGCAGCGAGACUCCCUCCUGGCCAAGAUCAAGGAGCAAGCCCGGCAAAAGGCGGAUUCCGGUAACCGCAAAGGCAUCGCUUCCCAAAUGCGAAUGAAGACCUUAGCAAAUCUUGCUUCAGACGGACCCAAGCGCAAGCGCAGAGGCGGGGGAGAAUAUGAUGAUGAUUUCGGCGCAAACGACGACGACUGGGGAGUCUAUCGUACCGUGGCUACUGACCCAGCCAGCGACGACGAAGAGCCAGAGGAAGACCCAUUGGCCGCCUUGAAGGCCGUAGAAAGCGAACUUCUCCAAUUCGAUCCAAAUUUCUCCGAGAAAGACACGAUCGAAGCGCAGAAUGACUGGACUAAAAGUAUCUUGCAUGCGUUUCUCCGAGGAGCACGACCCGCAGAUCCCGAGAGUCAACGGGAAGCGAAUCAGAUUCAUUUGAACGUUGAACGAAUCAGGGUUCCAGAAGUGGUUUUCCAGCCGGGAAUCGCUGGUGUUGAUCAAGCUGGGCUGGUUGAGAUCAUCGAAGGUAUUGUCAUGGGUCGAUUUUCCGAUGUCGACCAACAACAGGCACUUCUGAAGGAUGUAUUUCUGACUGGGGGAAAUACAAUGUUCUCGACUUUCGAAGAUCGACUUAAACGGGAACUUGUUGCCAAUGUUCCAGCCGAUUUCACGGUCAACGUCCGCAAAGCACACGACCCAAUUCUUGAUGCGUGGAAAGGAGCAGCGUCGUGGUGGAGUGCCAGCGAUCAAGCCGACAGAGCUGCAGCCACUGUUACACAGGCCGAGUAUUCGGAGAAAGGGAGUGAUUACCUCAAGGUAACCGAUUACGACUUGCCCCAGUUCCAUUGA